UUUCAUCUGGGGACAGGAGGGUAUUAUGAGCCGAAAAAAUCCCGCUGAGUUAUGAUGGUUUGUGAGCAGCUCAAAGGGUGAGAGGCUCGUCACAUGUGUGGUGGUGUUUUUAGAUUAGAUUUAGCCUUUAGUUAAGUGUCUUCUUCUUCCUUUUUUAAAAACUCCCAGAGUAUAUUUUACCUCCCCGGUAGAUUUAGAAGCUCCUUGGCAGUUCCAGGAUAAUGACCCUGGUGUGUUUUAAUUUUCUGGACUGAGUAGCGAGACAUGUGCAGCAGAUAGGCUGCAUCUCGUCACUCCAAAAAGCAGCCGACGGCCGAUCAGCAGCCGAGAUAGUCGGGACGGUCCAUUUAAUCUAAAGGCAGAAGCCCCCAGAGCAAGAAGAGCAAGAAAAACAAGAAGGAGCAACAUGUUUGAAUCCACGGGAAUCCCUCUCAUCGCGCUGGAUGUCGCGUGUCUUAUCCUGGUUGGGCUUCCAUUUUUUAUCCUUACCCCGAAACACAGCCCUUUCAAACGGGGUUUCUUCUGUAACGAUGAGUCCAUCACGUACCCGCUCAAAGAGGACACCAUAUCCUACCAGCUGCUGGGAGGAGUCAUGAUCCCCUUCACACUGAUUGUAAUCGUAUGUGGAGAGUGCCUUUCUGUUUACCUGUCGCGCGUCAGGAACCAGUCUUUGGGGACCAAGUAUAUUUCAUGUGUUUACAAAGCUCUGGGGAGCUACGUGUUUGGAGCUGCUGCCAGCCAGUCUCUGACGGACAUAGCCAAAUACUCCAUUGGUCGUUUGAGGCCAAACUUCCUGGCUGUAUGCAACCCAGUGUGGGAUCGUAUCAACUGCAAAGCUGGUGGAUACAUCGUGAACUUCACCUGCAGAGGGGAUGAAUUUAUGGUGGAUGAAGCCAGACUGUCCUUCUACUCUGGUCAUUCAUCCUUCUCUAUGUACUGCAUGCUGUUCCUUGUUCUAUACAUUCAAGCCAGGCUGAGGUCACAAUGGGCGAGGCUUUUGCGUCCCACCAUUCAGUUCUUCCUGAUUGCUACAGCAGUGUAUGUGGGUCUAUCUCGGGUGUCGGAUUACAAACAUCACUGGAGUGAUGUGCUCGCUGGCCUUCUGCAGGGCGGGAUAGUGGCUGUUCUAACAGUUUUCUGUGUCGCCAACUUCUUUUCACAGCCAGUGGAGCCAGUGGUGACGCAGGAGGAAGAAGCCUCACACGCCAGUUUACAGGACAACCCUUCCAAUGGGAACCACUAUGGCACCACUGACUGAACACUGGCCCAACAGACAGUACAGUGUGGGGACCUCUAUCCUUUAAAUCUAUGGAACUCCAGAAUUUCUUUUAAAUUGCUGUCCGUUUUUUUUGUGCAUGUCUUGAACACCGUGAAGUAGCCAUCGCAACAGCCUGCAGGCUUUAGCUGCUACCUGGUGUAGCCAUGAAACUUUGGUCACAGGAAGAAAAUGCACUACAGAGGACGAGGCUUGCAUCGCAAAAGAAGCAUGGCUUCCUGGCGAGUUUUAGUUAAAUCCAACAUAAUGCUGUUUAUUGUGCAGCCGUAAAACAAAACACAGCAUGUUGGGUUUAAGUUAUUUUUAUGUUUUAAUUUACAGUGUGAGCUUCUGGAAAUGUGGUUAAUCUUGCGUAUUGGUCCAAUGCUGCCAUCAUGAAUGAAUGGAAUUCCUUUUGCCCAGAAUAUAAAGAGUGUCUGUGUGUGCACUGCAAGCAGGCGUUUAGAGGCCUGAAACCUGUGAAUAAGAAAAAACCAAGACUGCCCUUAAAAUAGAGUGAACUGAGAAAUCUUAUGCGUAUCUUAUGUUUAUUUUUGCCUUAGAGUUUUGCUGCUACCUGCUGUUAAGUAAUUUCCCCAAUAUAAUUUAAUGUAUGUAAAAUACAGUUUAUUGACAUAUUUUUUUUUUGUUUCUUUAUAGAUUGUAUAAAUUGCUUAUGUUUCUGUCCACAUUUAAGCUUUUAAAAGUACCGUUUCCAAUACCGGGAAGAAAUGAGACAAAUAAUAAAGAAAAUGUCAUUUUGCUACUUUGAUAUAAAGAAAAUAAGCUAUUCCUUUUAUGCCUUAUCUGUUCAAAAAUACAGGGUAGAUAUAAUGCAAGUAACUAGUGACUUGUGAAUUUAUUUAUUUAUUUUACAAAAGUAGACUAAUUUGCUGCUGCAGAGUAGCUAAUUUCAUGUCUUGAGAAAAUAAAAGGACUGCAAAAGAG